GGACUCAGGGACGCCCAGAAAAAUGAGGCCGACCCAGCCCUGUCCCGAGGGACACUCCACGAGGGCGGAGGUGCAGGGAGGGCUCGGCCACAACUUGCUGCAGUGUUAGCCAGGCUGCGGCGGAAGCGUGGCCAGGGGCAGAUCACAGCUUGGAUGCCGCCUUGGCGGGAGAGAGAGCGCGCUUCGUCCUCCCAGGCCGAGACCCGCCAGCAUCUCGAAGGCGUGAUUGGAGCAGAACUUCCAAGGUCACGGAGAGACGUCAGGGUCUUUGAAGGAAAAAAACUUCUUUGGGGUUUGAAGAGCAGGAGUCCUCACUUAACAGCGCGACCCAGCCAAGUCGGGAGAGGGGCGGAGCCGGGGCUGACUCGGGCAUCUUUCGUCCAGGCUCGGCACUCCCCCACCUCGGGCCUGGGGCCGAUCCGGAAAUAGCCGAGCGGAUCCGGAAACAGCCGAGAGGACCCGGAAGCGGUGCGCGCCGUCUCCAGGGAGUGCGGGAAUCCGCCGUUUGCGCUGAAGCUAUGGCGGCGGCUGCGGGCGAGGACAGGCGGAGGCAACAAACGCGGACAGCUCUGGACCCCCAGCCCCAGGAAGGGGCAAAGGCUGAGGCCGAGUCAGGCGAGCUGGGCCGACUUCGGGCUGAGCUGGCAGGCGCCCUCGCAGAAAUGGAGACCAUGAAGGCUGUGGCGGAGGUGAGCGAGAGCACGAAGGCCGAGGCUGUGGCUGCAGUUCAGCGGCAGUGCCAAGAGGAGGUGGCUUCGCUGCAGACCAUCUUGAAAGGCAGGCUGGUGCACCGACCCUCCCUCUCCCCCACCCUUCCUGCCCCACCAGACUCCAUCAGCAGCUAUGAAGCCCAGAUCGCUUCCCUGAAGCAGGAGCGGCAGCAGCAGCAGCAGGACUGUGAGGAGAAGGACCGGGAGCUGGUCCGCCUGAAGCAGCUGCUGUCCCGUGCUCACCCUCUGGACUCCUUGGAGAAGCAGAUGGAAAAGGCCCAUGAGGACUCGGAGAAACUGCGGGAGAUUGUGCUCCCCAUGGAACAGGAGAUCGAGGAGCUGAAGGUGAAACUGCUGAGGGCAGAGGAGCUGAUUCAAGAGAUGCAGAGACGGCCCCAGCAGCCCCCAUCCCUGCACGGCUCCACGGAGUUGCUGCCUAUGUCCCGAGACCCAUCGCCUCCGCUGGAGCCUCUGGAGGAGCUAAGUGGAGACGGAGGUGCAGCGGCUGAGGCCUUUGCCCACAACUGUGAUGACAGUGCCUCCAUCUCCUCUUUCUCCCUGGGUGGCGGGGCCAGCAGCAGCACCUCCCUGCCCCGCAGCCGCCAGGGUCUGAGCCCUGAGCAGGAAGAGACAGCCUCUCUGGUGUCCACGGGUACCCUGGUCCCUGAAGGCAUCUACCUGCCCCCUCCUGGUUACCAGCUUGUCUCAGAUACCCAGUGGGAACAGCUGCAGGUAGAGGGGCGGCAGCUGCAGAAGGACCUGGAAAGUGUCAGCCGUGAGCGGGACGAGCUGCAAGAGGGCCUGAGACGGAGCAAUGAGGACUGUGCAAAACAGGUGCAGGUGCUCCUGGCCCAGGUCCAAAACUCAGAACAGCUGCUGCGGACCCUGCAGGGGACAGUGAGCCAGGCCCAGGAGCGGGUUCAGCUGCAGAUGGCAGAGCUGGUCACCUCCCACAAGUGUCUGCGCCAUGAGGUAAAGCGGCUGAAUGAGGAAAACCAAGGGCUCCGGGCAGAGCAGCCACCAUCUUCAGCUCCCCAGGGCCUGGAGCAGGACGAGGGUGAGGAGGAGUCAUUGCCCAGUGUGGUGCCGGAGCUACAACAGCUGGUGCGCCAAACUCGGCAGGAGGCGCAGGCCCGGCAACAGGCCCAGGAGCACGCGGCUGAGCGUCUGCGGAUUGAGAUUGUGACACUGAGGGAGGUGCUAGAAGAGGAGAAGGCCACCAGGGCCAGCCUGGAUGGGCAGCUGAGGGUACAGCGUGAGGAGACAGAGGUGCUGGAGGCCUCCUUAUGCAGCCUGAGGACAGAGAUGGAGCGGAUGCAGCAGGAACAGAGCAAGGCCCAACUCCCAGACCUUCUUUCAGAGCAGAGGGCCAAGGUGCUGCGGCUGCAAGCUGAGUUGGAGACCAGUGAACAGGUGCAGAGGGAUUUCGUACGACUGUCCCAGGCCCUGCAGGUGCGCCUAGAACGGAUCCGCCAGGCAGAGACUCUGGAGCAGGUGCACAGCAUUCUGGAUGAGGCACCCCCAAGGGACGUCAGGGACAUCAGGGACACCUGAGAGGCCGGGCAAACACCCCUCCUCCUAGGGAAGAUACCUUUCUUUACUCCUGUACCAUGAGGUCUGGGGUUUGGGGGUCUCGGAUGGAGUCUUCACCCUCUCUUAGCCAGGGGUUGAAGUGAAAGGGCUGACACUGCCCUGCCUCUCUGGAGCCUCCUCUCAAGUGGUGGCUGGGCUUUCUGCUCUCAGGGAUGAUAUCUGGAUGAGGGUCCUAAACCCCUCCCAGAAACAAAGGGGUAGGCCCACCCCUGUGGCUUUCUGGCUGAUAUGCUGCCAUCCCAGCCAGCUCGUAAUGUCCCCUGCCCCAGCACAGUAGGGCUUCUGAAGGUUGGGAGUCCCUGUUCCAUCUGUGUAGCACCCCCCACCCCCAGGCCCUGGGACAGAUAGCUGCUCUCUAGUCUGCAUGACACUAAGACGCUUGUCCACAGCGGCUCAACCCAGGCCUCAAGACAAGCACAGAGGCAAAGUCAGACUUUUCUGUCAUUUAUUUUCAAUAAAUAAGCAGCUCAGC